AUGACCAACCUAGUGAGAGCUGAGCGGCCGGCGGACGAUUCUAAGGACAGAGCUUCUGACAAGCCGCCACCAGAAAAAAGAGGGCGUACUGAGGCCAAUGGUACCCCGUCAUCUCAAGCAUCUGUGCUACCGCACUUUCAAGAACAUUUCACUGAUCCUGAUAUCGACAACUUGAGGAUUGCUAAGAUCAAAGCGCUCAUUUAUCCCCAGUUGUUAGUAGAGGAGUUCCCGCUGACUGAGAAAGGUAAGACGGUUGUCAGCAAAGGGAGGAAAGAGGCAUCGGAUAUCGUCAAUAAGAAGGACGACAGGAUGCUCGUCGUAGUCGGCCCCUGUAGUAUUCACGACCCAGCGGCCGCUAAGGAGUAUGCAGCGAGAUUGAAGGCAGAAGCUGAUCGACUUAAGGACGAUCUGGUUAUCAUCAUGAGGGUUUACUUCGAGAAGCCUCGUACAACAGUCGGUUGGAAGGGCCUUAUCAAUGAUCCUAACAUUGAUGAUACUUUUAACGUCAAUGCUGGGCUUCGGGCUGCCCGUCGUCUCCUACAGGAGAUUACUCAUCUUGGCCUUCCAGUAGGCUGCGAGUUCCUGGACACAUUGACGCCACAAUAUAUUGCUGACCUUGUAUCAUGGGCAGCAAUAGGGGCUCGGACUACUGAGUGUCAGCUACAUAGGGAGCUGGGUAGUGGACUCAGUAUGCCUGUCGGUUUCAAGAACUCUACUAGCGGUGAUGUAGAUGUGAGCGUCGACGCUGUGGUGUCGGCCAUGCAUCCCCACUGUUUCUUCUCUAUCACCAAGCAGGGGACUGCGGCUGUCGUCCACUCUCAUGGUAACCCCGAUGCCCAUAUCAUCUUGAGAGGAGGGAAGUCGGGUCCUAACUACAGCAAGAAGCAUGUUGAUGAGUGUAUAGCCAAGCAGAGUAAAAGGGGCAUCACUCAAGGCGUUAUGAUAGACUGUAGUCACGGCAACAGCAACAAGGACUAUAGGAGGCAACCGUUGGUGCUUGAAGAGAUCAUUAAGGAGCAGAUCGUAUCACCAUCACAGGCUCGUUGUCGUGACGUUUCUGGUGUAAUGAUCGAGUCGAACCUCUUCGAAGGCAAUCAGAAUACUCCGUCUACAGCAGCCAUCGCAGAGUUCAGAAAGAAGAACCCCUCGUCGUCGUCCAACAUUCCUGGGCCCUUGGUCUCUGAGCCGGGUCCAUCCGCUUCCUUGGAAACGAACUCAGAUGUCCGUCAUAUGCUAAGAUAUGGAGUGUCGAUCACUGAUGGAUGUGUUAACUGGAUGCAGACUGUCGACAUGCUUGAUGCUUUGGCAGCAGCUGUUCGACAGAGGAGGAGCCUUAACAGCAAGGACGCUCCUUAGGGAUCGCCGUAUAGUGUUUUACGGCUACUGGGAGAAGCAUUUCAUGUUCUAGCCUCGGUUGAUAUCUUUUCUGAUAAAUAUUUGAUCGAUCGAUUAACUCGUAUUAAUGAUGAUCAACUCGUCCUUCUCUUUCCACUACUCU